AUGCAUCGCGCUCUACUCAUUCCCGAAGUCUUCCUUGAAAUAUUCGCGCACGUCAAUCAAAUCCUGAACCCGUCGUCUACUGGUGAAAAGGCACUGGCUCGGAAAUCCAUUGCAGCGCUUGCAAGGACAUGCAAAACCUUUCACGAGCCCGCGAUGGAUCUGCUGUGGUCUAAAGUAGAUCAGGUAGAACCAUUGCUAGGCUGCGUGACGAGGCUACAUCCGCUGAUAUAUCAUAGGGGUUCAAGGUGGGACAACACUUGGUCAAAGGGCGUCGAACCGUUAUCUGCCUACGAGGCCCGGCUUUUUCUGCGUCACUCCGCACGCGUUCGCUCAUUGAAUGUUCAAUCCGAUCACUUUUUUCACCUUCUCUCAGUCAUCCCCAUCGGAAAGUGCGUCUUCCCGAGGUUGCGGUCGUUAACUUGGAAGCUUUCCACUGGCAAAUGUUUGAACCUAUUCCUGUCCCGCACGCUGCACCGUUGUUUCCUAUUCACUAUCAAUCAAGACCUGAAGAAUAUUGUGACACGUUGUGCCGCUUUGGAGGACCUAUCCAUCAAAAAAUUAAAUUUUGAUGCGAGCACAGCGGAUGAGCUGUCCCUACUGUCUGAUAGUGUCCGUCUAUGCAAGCAGCUUGUGACUCUGUCUUGUCCACUGCUCGACUGGGCAGCAUGGGAGUACAUCUCUAACCUCCCUAACCUAGUCAGGUUAGGAGUCCGUGAUGUGCAGAUCCGCGGUGCCCCUCCUUGGUCGUUGGAACGCGAUGUCGCCUACCCUACACAAUUCCUCAACAUCACAGCUCUCUCUUUGCAGGUUUAUAGUGCUAGAUAUAUUGUCGCGGUCAUGCAACACUCACAAUUCUCCUCGCUGACGGAGCUCAAGAUCGAAACCGACCUUCUGUCUUCGGAAGAGGCAGAGCAAUUCUUUCGUGCACUGUCCAACUGCAAAGCAUGCCAAACCUUGCAGCAGCUUGAAAUCACCAUCAUUAGCUUUGGUCCCAGAUCUGGACAUCAAGGCAGCUCUUUGACAGCCAUUCCACAUCUCCUUUGCUUCACACAGCUCCAAACCCUUCGGCUUGUUUGCCGGUUUUCCAAUAUCUACCUCGACGAUGGCCUUCUCUCGGAAGCCACGUCAAAUUGGUCGCACCUCCGCACUCUGGAAAUAGAAGGCUCGUGUCUUCACCCUUCUACCGUUACAUUUCGUGGAUUAUUCACAGCGCUCCGUCUGUGUCCACACCUGCACACCUUGCGAGUGUUGAUCGAUCCUGCGAACACCGAAAUCGGUCCUAACAAAAUACAACAUACCUCCUUAAAAACAGUGGACUUCGACACCUUAUCUCCCAUAGCGAAUACCGCAGAUGUAGCUCGCAUCAUUUUCAACGCGCUCCCUUACGUCGACCAAGUCAACCGGUUUACGAUGCACACGAAGGAGUGGGAUGAGGUCAAUAGGCAUCUCAAAUAUUUGAAAGCUGCUGUGCUGCAUGUCGCAGGGCCCGCUUCGAGUUUAUGAUGUAUUCAUAUUUGGUAAAUAUUUUAGAGUUUUCACAUUCCACCGUAUCCGUUCUUGCAUGGUUUGUUGUUGUAUCAUACUAUAGUCGAUGUUUGCAAUGGUUGCAAUCGUUUUCUCCUUUCAACCGUUACAUUACUACUAGUCCACCACCCGUUGUGCCUUCGGCUGGCCUUGGCUGUAUCCUAAUAUGUCAAGUACACCUCAACCUCACAUGAUCUAUACCUAAUUAGGUAGCACUGCACC